AACAUUUCGAUUUUAUUGACAUAUAACACUGUCACCAACAUAAAUAUCUUAGUUCUUUUCAUAAAAUACUAAAAUAAAUACGUUGGCAAUCUUGAACCUUAACGGUUGUUUUAUUGUCAAAAUUGACAGAAGGAUGUUUAAAAUUUGGAAGAUAGUGGUUUUUAAGUUUUACGUCUAUUAUGUUUUAAAGUAAUAAGAGAAAAUUAACAUUUUAUCUGUAUUAGCUGUGUUUGGUAGUACUAUAUGGCGUUUUCUACCCCUAGUUCUACCAGGAAACGAGUGAUUUCUUCAGUAAUCUUCGAUAAAACACCGAAAUCUAGCUAUGCUACACCAAAGAAUAAAAAGGUGGAAGCUCUACCCACUACCCCGGAAUGUUUUAACAAUGUUCAAGUCGAAACCCCCGUGAUCAAAAGAAGGACUAGUAAAGAUAAGUUUGAUGAAGUUAGUAACUUAACUGUAGCUGUAAGGAUAAGGCCUAUGAAUGCCAGAGAACUGGUUGUUGUGGGUGCAACAGACGUAGUUCUUGUGAAAGAAAAAGAAUUGAUCAUCAAGGCUCAGAGUAACACUAGUGGUAUGAGUAGUAAUCAUCAAUUUCACUACGAUCACAUUUUUUGGUCCUGUGAUGAAUCCAAUGACUCAUAUGCCUCUCAGGAAGAUGUAUUUAGAACAUUAGGAAGACCUUUAAUAAACAGUGCUUUUAAAGGAUACAAUGGAUGUUUAUUUGCUUAUGGUCAAACUGGUUCAGGUAAAAGCUUCAGCAUGAUGGGCAAAGACAUGUGCGAAGCUACUGAUAUGGAUUGCCAAGUGUUUUCCGGCAUCACACCAAGAUUUUGUAAAGAUAUUUUUAACAGAAUUGCUCAACUAGAUAAAAACUCAAUAUGUACUGUAGAAGUUAGUUAUUUUGAAAUAUAUAAUGAAAAGAUCCACGACUUGCUUUCCUGCUCAUCUACUGCAAAUAAACAGCCUUUAAAAGUCCGAGAACAUCCAGAAUUGGGACCGUAUGUAGUUGACUUAAGUGUGCAAGUUGUAAAAUCCUACAAGGAAUUAAGGCAUUGGCUUUUAGUAGGUAACCGCAAUAGAGCUACGGCAGCUACAACAAUGAAUGAAAAAUCAUCCAGAUCACACAGUAUUUUCUCCAUUGAACUCUGUUUAUCUGACGAUAAAAACGGAGAGAGCGCCAGUCGAAAGAGUAGAAUAAGCCUAGUUGAUUUAGCUGGAAGUGAACGCUUGGGUAAUUCACAUGGUGCCGAAGGAAGAAUUAGAGAAGGCGUAUGCAUUAACAAAUCUUUAUUGACAUUAGGAAAAGUUAUUUCUGCUUUAGCCGACCAAAAGAAAAAUCAAUUUGUACCUUAUAGGGAAUCAGUUUUAACAUGGUUACUCAAGGAAAGUCUUGGAGGCAAUUCAUUAACCACGAUGUUAGCAACGAUAAGUCCUUCCAGCACACAUCUAGAUGAAACCUUAGCCACGCUCAGAUACGCUUGCCAAGCUAGAUCAAUAGUAAACAGAGCUAGAGUUAACGAGAAUCCACACGAUCGUCUAAUACGAGAACUGCGUUCGGAAGUUGAAAGACUGCGAGCCUUGCGACAAGACUUUGAGCGCAGUUCGCUAUCUUCCUCUUCUCUUACUUCGUGUAAUGAUGCCCACGACGAAGAGCUAGAAGGGCUUAGAAAGAAACUAAGUGAUUCAGAAAAACAUUUAGAGGAUGCCCAAAAGAACUGGGAGAAGAGGUUUUUAGAAACCAAAAAAACGCAGCUGAAGGAAUUAGCUGAGGCCGAAAAGUACAAAGCUGAGCUCGAGUCGAAGGUUCGAGUUAUGAAAAGAGUUGAUGAUAAUGUAAAACUGUCGCCGUAUAGGACUAACUUUCUUGAAGAAUUGGAAUGUGUACUGACUGAUGAAACGGACGUCGUGGUAGAUAAUAUCAUGUUGGACGUUUUAACUGACUGGUGUUGUAGAAACGGAUUGACUUGCACCUUUUCGUCAGAUACUUUGAUAAUAAAGGAUCCUGUGAAGAAUAGGCACACGCAUAUAUUAAUUAACUCAAUAGAUAUGAACGGGCAUGAAAAUGUUAGCGACUUUGUAGAUAGUCUGACAUGGACUAACACUAAGAACUCCACUAAGAAGAUUAGUAAGAAUGAGGUGAUGUCAUCCAUGAAUCAGAUUUAUCAAGCUUUAGCCACCUUACAGCCUCCAGAAAGCGAAAAUAAUUUGUGCCUGUUGUUUGCCAAAGUUAACAAGACCUUACAAAGUUUUGAAGCUGCGUUAUUAAAUAACGCUAAGAGUAACGUAGGACAAAAAGUUGUAACCUUCGAUGCAGAUAUUUGAAGGAUAAAUUUGAUACAUUUAUGAACUACAAAACUAAAAGUCAAACAAUUAGGAAUGGAGGUCGUAGAUUUAAUGACGUCAUAACCCACCGGUACAAACUUGACUGCAAACAAAUUCAACAAAUUUUUCCUCAUAUAUUUUAGUUUUUUUGUUACUGUCAAGUUUAACAGGAUAACGCUGUUGCAUUGCCAAAUAAAAAACAUAUUUUUUUUUUUUUUUUUUUUUUUUUUGUAAGCAUUUAUUAGCAAUCAGAAUUACAUAUUCUAUAAGCUAAUUUGAUAACAAGUACAAUAACAUAUAUCAAUGUAUUAUUGUACAUCACAUAUAAAACAUAUAUGCAUUUUCCAAAGCAGCUACCGGCUAUACUGUUUCUCUUUGUCUUUAAGAGUGUGAAACAAAGAUAACUAACUAUCUGUACUAUGUGUCAAACUGACAUUGUCCUAUAGAAGGUUAUGUAAGAUUUUUGUUUGUUUGUUUUUUUUAUUUUAUGGCCUUUUGGGAGCUGUGCCCAUUUAGCCAGCAACAUUUCUUAAAAUUAACGCCUAACUAAACCUACCAUACAACAAAACUAUUACGAACCUAAUCGGCUAAUCAAGGAUAGGGGAAAGUGAAGUUGGUUAAAAUAUAAACUAAAUAAAUGAAAUAUAAUUUGAAAACAAUAAUUUGACACUAUAUUUAACCUCCAAUAUUAUGACAGACGUCAGUUACCAUUUACAAUUUCACCAAAUAUUAUAAUGACGUCAUCUAAUCCCGUCACUAAUUCUAGCCAAUGAAAUGCUCGCUGUAAUAGGAAUGGCAUGUCAAAAAAAAAGAAUGUGUGUGUACUUUGUACGCACAAGUCUUCUACUUUAAAAUGUAUAAUACAUGCCUGAAUUGCCGAUAUAAAUGAGUCAGAUUAAAUAAAUUAUUAGAAGAAUUUUUUACUAAGCAACAACAUUUUUGUUUAUUUAGUAUUAUUUUGUAUUUUGACAACGACACCCGACUUGGGCGUCGAAACGUUAAUAAAUUCAUUUUUUUGGUAAAAUUGUGGCUUAUUUUCCAUUUAAAAUAGUUCAUUUUAAACAGUUUAUUUUUAUUUUAUUAAACUAAUUUUAAUACUUACCACUUUCCAAAAAUUAAAAAAAAAGGCAGCUAUUGUCCGCAUUUGAACCCAGGACCUCUCGAUCUCUAGUCGAAUGCUGUACCAAUGACGCUAUGAAGGCUGUGUUUACACGGUUUCUCGGACAUUAUGACAAAUCACGGUAACAAAUAGACGAAGUGAAGUAUUAAAAAUAUAAAAAUGUUUUAAUAAUAUGUAUUAUCUUACUCCCGAGGAAGACAAAUCCAAAGAUACAAAAAUUAUAAUAUAUUUACUAAAAAACUAAUAUACUUUUUCCACACCUUUUUUGGACUGAUAGAUACAUAACUUAAAAGAUUUAGCAACGAAUAACAUACUGUCUCUGUGCGCAUGCGCACAGAAUAAUAAAAAUUCACUCUCUAUCGCGCCUAAAGAAGUAUAACUUCAAAAAUCUCAUUAUUCCCUAUAUAUUUUUUCAAAUUUAGAAUAUGACAACAAUGUGAAAAUUACGUGCAUUCCUUAUUGUUUGACUUUUCCUUAUAGCGAUAUUAUUUAUGUUUUAUAUUUUUAAUGUUUGUAAUAAAAUAAAUUUUGUAAAUCAUAUACAAUAAAGUGUAUAUUUUUGGUUACAAA